UCGCCCACCUGGGCCUACUGUGUAGAGCACUGGGUACAUGUACAUGGGUCAUGGUGAGGCGCAGUCAGCGACGCGGCUGUUGUGAUGAAGAGAGGCAACAACUGAUGGUGACAGUGCGUGUGUCCAAUAUCACACCUACCGUCCAGACAUACGGGUGUUAGACAAGCCAUCCAUGACCACAUCCUGUUGUUGUUGCCCGAGCGACGCCAGCUAGCAGACACCGCCCCCAUGGCGAUCACUGUGCACAGAACAAGAUGUUUGUUCUAUCUCCUGGUUUCCGUGGCUUCGGUGUUGUACAUACUUGUUUUGCUGGGGGCGCCAAGUCACAGAAGCAGCAGAAUCAGACUUUAUGCAAAAAGAAAUAUCCUCUACAACCGUGCCCACAAUCCUGGUUUAGUGACAAUGCAGGACGGGACAAUGCAUGAGAAACACAUGCUGAAAGAAAAUCCCAUCUCUGGUCCUCAGCUCAAGGAGGCCGGAAUUCCACCAGCAAACACCCUCUACCGUGAAUACAAGCAUCGGUCUCACAGGGGUUCCAGUCAUGAAGUUAAACUGGAUCAACGGCCGCAUAGGGAGCAGCAUGGAGAAGAUACCGAAGAGCCAAAUAUUUCAUCGGAAAAAUAUCAUUCUCAGCAUUCCAGAAAUACAUGGGAGCAGCCAAAUAUUCCAUCGGAAAAAUAUCAUUCUCAGCAUUCCAGCAAUACAUGUCCCCCCAAACACAAUGUCGCCUUCUUGAAGGUUCACAAAGCCGGCAGCAGUACCAUGGCAAACAUCCUGCAGAGGUUUGCCGUCAGGAACGACCUCAACGUGGUCCUCCCCGACAAACUAGUUGGAGAAAGCGGUUUCAACAUUCUUGGUUACGGACCUUUCUUCUCGGCGAACAUGGUCAUCCCCGUUCCCGAAGGACAGACCUUCAAUAUACUGUGCAACCAUGUUGUGUACAACAGGGUAGUGUUGGACAAGCUCAUGCCCCCUGGCACGUUCUAUGUCGCCAUCGUGAGGAGUCUUGAAGAAAGGUUCAUUUCCGCGAUGAACUAUUUUGGUCAGGUAUAUUAUAUCGAAGACAAAAUGAAAAUGACUGGUGCGUUUAAACGAGAGGACAUUCUGUCACACUUCUUCACCAAUCAAAAGGUUCACGGGAUAUACAAGGAGUCUAUAAUAAACAGUAUUGCGUAUGAUUUUGGGUUCCCAACGUACAGUGACAAUGAGGAAUAUGCCCAGAGCUACCUUCAGAAGAUCGAUAAGGAGUUUGACUUUGUGAUGAUCAUGGAAUAUUUUGACGAGUCUCUCGUGUUGCUAAGGCGACGUCUGUGUUGGGGUCUCCGUGACAUCCUCUAUAUCAAACAUAACUCCAAUCGACAUCCUGUUCUUCCUCUCGCAGAGGAAGAUAGACAGAAACUGUACGGAUCACAGAAACUAGAUCAUAGGAUAUACCAGCAUUUCUACGGUAAAUUCUGGGAUGAAAUUCUAGCUGAAGGACGUGACAUAUUUGAUGAAGUUGCUAACUUUAAACUUGUGCAAAAGCAAGUUUUUGACUUUUGCAGUAGUGAUGAAAAACAACAGAGAGUUCUUAAUAUUCCGUCGUCGAAAUGGAACGAAGAUUUCAGGCUGACAGCGUCCGAUUGUAGAGGGAUGCUGGUGUCAGAACUGAUGCAGGUUCAGAAGCUGAUGGACAGGGCCAGGGAACGGCUGAGGAGGGACGGAACGCAAGAACAAUGGGGGGCGUAUGUUCAGAACUUUCGGCAUAACAACAAAAUGCGGAUGAAAAAUAUAGAAACAUAUAACGAUAUGUUUUACGUUAAACCCGCAAAUGUCACAUGAUAUCUCAUAUGUUAUUGCAAUGAAACACGACAAAAAAUGUUUACCCACUUUGGAAACUCGGUUAAAGCCUGCGCCUUGGUCUUGAUGAAGAACGUUGCGUUUAGUGGCAUUGAGCAAUAGACAAGGUUUGUUUACACGGCUACCUGUAAAUAAUUGGGUUUGGUUUGCAAACCAUUGGUGUAGAGUAUGAGCAACUGGGUAUGAUAGCAUCAUAUCAACCAGUUCACAGAAUUCCAAAUUCCGGACCCGUGAAGAUUCCGUGGUAGAAUAGGUCUUCAGCGACCCAUGCUUGCCAUAAAAGGCGACUAUGCUUGUCGUAAGAGGCGACUAACGGGAUCGGCUGGUCAGGCUCGCUGACUUGG